AUGGUGUACCAGUUUUUCCAGAGCUGCAACCAGAGCGUUGCGUUGACUGGUUCCUGCAAGGGCAACGGGAACGUGAAGGUCUCCCCUACCGCCACGAUUCCCAUGAAGAUCAAGGAGACGCCUGUGGAAAAGCAUACAGAUCUGAGUGCAUACUUCAAGAAUAUUGGUACAACUUUCAAGAGCCAGGAUACGUUCGCCGUCGAGUACGAGAUCGGCCCGUUCCUUCAGAACAUGCUGAAGAAGUUUUCCCUGCAGUGCAAUGCCAAAAAGAGCGCUAGCGGUGCGAUCUCCUACGCCACCGCGAAAAGCACGUUCGAGGACGCGACUGCGAUCAACACAUUGGUCAACGACCUGGCCGGGUGCGAUCAGACUUCAAAGCUGAACGGCACGGCGACUGAGGCACCGUCGGCUUUCAUUUCCUGUGAGCUGCUGUCGUCACUGCAGAACGGCGUGUUCACGAACUUUAGCACCCCCGUACGCGAGUUCUUUGGCGCUACACAGGACGAUUUGCCCAAGUGCGUUGGAGCUCUGGCAGCCAUCACGACGGUCGAGGUCACGGUAACGCCGUCUACGACCUGUCAAAAGGCGAUCCUCAAGGACACAAGUAUCAACAGCAAGACGGACUUCCGAUCGGUUUCCGACGGCUUUGCCAUCGUCACUAGAGGAGCGAAGGACGGGAACGUCCGAUACAUGAACCCAGCCGACUAG